AUGGCCGCAGCUGGCGAGCGGCUUCCCCCGGCGGCAGAGGCCGCCACCUCGGAAGGGAGCUUCGGCGCUGCGGGUGCCGCGGAGAGUUUCCCGCUCUCGAUCCUGCCGACUAUGACGUAUGCCGAGAUGACUUCUUCGCCUCUGCUGUACGUAGCGUGCAUCGCGUCAUUCUUCCUCACGCAUGCGCUUCUGGUCUGUCUGCUGCGGCUGUGCCGCGCCAAGUCGCCUCUGCUCGCCGAGUGUGCGUUCCCGCGGCACGGCGUCAACCGCAUCAUUUCCACGCUGCAUGCAUGCAUCGUGAUCAACUGGUCGCUACUGGUCUUGCUGGAAGACUCGCGCAGCGCGGAGCCGGCGGGCGCGGCGGGCGCGGCGGGCUCGCGCUGCCUCUUCCACUUUGGGCGCCCGGUCACGGUUUUUGAGCGCCCGCUGCUGCUCUUCUCGUUCAGCUACUUCCUCUAUGACACCUUCUACGAGCUCGCCUCGUGGGAUAUCUCCUCGGUGCUGCAUCACGUGACUUGCAUCGUGGAUAUCCUCGUCGUGCUUGCAAACGACCGCGCCGGCACCGACCUCGUCACCGCCCUCCUCAUCGCGGAAAUCAGCACCCCGGCGCUCCAUCUCCGCUACGGGCUCGUUCAGUACUCAAAGAAGGCUGACGCGCUUGCCAAGAGCCUGGCGGAGAAGGAGGAGGGGGGGGCGAACACCAGCCAGGGCGAGCGGCAGGCGGAGGCGCAGGGGGCUGUGGAGGCAGCGAGCCACUCGGGCGCCGCGACGUGGGCGCCAGAGGUCGUCGCGGAGGCGCUGAAGACCUACGACUUCAAGAGGCCACUGGAUGCUGUCGAGCGCGCGUUCUUCAUCAUCUUUCUCUUUGGCAGAGGCGUCGCAGCGCCCUGCCUCGUCUACGCCUGCGUGACUUGCCGCACCACGCCGAACCUCGUCCGCAUCGGAUCUGUGGGCAUCCUAGUGGUCAGCGUCUUCUGGAUCGUCCUCCUCUUCCGCGGCCUCAUCAAGCGGAUAAAAAACCGACCCCGCGGGUCUCUCGCGGGUCAGAAGGUCCCGACCAAGUGCAAGAAGCGCGAAUUCGGCGUGCUGCCCGUCGAGGCCGCGCGAGCCGAAGGUGACUCGCCGCGCGGCGGCGACGCAGACAACAAGAAGGUGGAGUAG